AUGCUGGACUACCCCCAUUAUGCCGCUGACCUCACUAAGCAGCAGCUGAAGAAACUAAUCGAAGUCCUGAGCAUCGACAGCGACCAGGAUGCCGCCGAGACCGAGUAUCUCGGGCAGAUCCGCAGCCCCCAGGUCGUGCAGCAGAUCCAGGAAGCCAUCCGCGGGCUGCCGACGGAGCUCCGCCAGCGCGCCAAGUGGGUGCGCAUGCUGCGCCACGAUGCGAAGGCCGCCGUGCUGUGCGAGGUGCACGAGGAGCUCAACGCCUUCGUCAUCGGCAACCUCUUUGCGCUGCUCAAGCGGGAGGUGACCCGCAACCUGACCUUCCUGAAGUGGUACCGCGAGUUCUCGCCCGAGGAAGUCAACAACCUCGUCGACGCCCUGCUGGCGGUCGCCGGAAUGUGGUGGCUGCCGGAGUCCAAGGACGACGUGCCCCCCACGGGAGCCGUCUGCUUCCAAGAGAACCAGUGCGAGGCGUGUAUGCUGGCGAGGAUCGUGGAUGAGCCAUGGUGCCUGCGCAAUCUCCGCACAACGCUGGUCAGCCGCGUGCGAACCAAGCCCGAAAUCCGGAUCCCCAAGUUGCUCCCUUUUGUGGACACGGCCAUCGGAUCAUUCGCCCCUGAGGGGGAGGCGGCAGUCAAGGCCUACGGCGGCCUUCCGUGCGAGCUGGGCUACACGAGCAGCUGCCUGGCCUUCAAGGUCAAGACCGCGCGCGCGGACGCUCUGUAUGUUGCCGCGCGGCAGCUCCGUCAGGCGAACGACGUGAUGCAAAGGGAGCAAGCCCUGAAAGACACGUUGCGGCACCGCACGCGCUCUCGCGCAGCAGAUCAACCGUACCAACCAAAAAAUAUCAUCUACAAGGAAAAGAACUCACAACAGGCAGAUGUUCAUUCCACGGUCCAUCUCAGGGUGGCUCCUGGUUCUCGACGACGGAACGAGCCGGUCCAACAGCCCAAACAUGCCAGAACCACACGGCUGCCGCACCUCGACAGUAUCGCGGAGGAGACAGGUGUUGAGGAUGUCGUCGUUGAGGAGGCUACCAAAGUACAUGUUGAUUACGCGGGAACCGCCACUUUGGUGACCCCGAGCCAUUCGAAGUGCGCUGUUGACAAUGUGGUAACAGUUCGUCCCUUGAACGUGAAAAAGCCGAGUCUGGGAGAGGAAAAUGCUGCCCUGCUUCAUAACGAAGCUGCCUUGCCAGAGGCCCGCAUGAUGAGAGUCCCUAACCCUGACAGUUCAGAUUUGGAGGAAGACAGGCUGGAGCACGAGAUUCAAGCGCUGUUGCUUCCGCACAUUGCCAAGGUACCUCCCGUGGGUCCUAGAUACUCCUCUUCGACCACAGGAUUGACGCAACGCCGCCGAGCGGAGCGUUCCGAGGAUCUAGAUGACUUGGAUCUGACCAGCAUAUGUAACGAAAUAGGUCGGCAAGAAAAAGCUCUUUGGACGCCGACCUUCGUUGAUCAUAUAGUAUCGCAACCCUAUCAUCAAGACGGACCAUCCUCGUCAGAGUAUAGUAGUAUCCACACCACCACGCGAUCCGCGAUUCCAUUCUUCAAUGAGUCCCGUACUAGCAGGCGGGAUUAA